AUGGACUCUUUCGACAACUUUCAGUAUGAUUCUAAUUCAUCGUAUGGCGGAAUGGGUAUCGUGGAUGAUACUUCCUCCAUAUACACAGCCAAUACCAGGGACGACUCGUCUCUUGACUUGACAACCUUGUCUCUUUCCGAACAUGACGGCGCCGAACACGCCAGCAAGCACAGAGUCAAUGGCAGCGAUGUUGCCUCACGACUAGACGAAGACUUUGACUCUGUCUUGGACGACUUGAAGGAAGAGGACUCUGUCGAACUACCCCCGCAUGCUUGCAGCUACUGCGGCAUCCAUUCGCCAGCAUCUGUUGUAAAAUGCCUCAUCUGCUCGAAGUGGUUCUGCAAUUCCCGCGGGAAUACAUCAGCUUCCCAUAUCGUCAAUCACCUUGUUCGCGCGAAACAUAAAGAAGUCAUUCUCCACGCCGAGAGUCCUUUGGGGGAAACGAUCCCCGAGUGCUACAACUGUGGCAGCAAGAACGUGUUUAUGCUGGGGUUUAUCCCCGCCAAGAGCGACACAGUCGUGGUCUUGCUCUGCCGACAACCUUGUGCUGCCAUAUCUAAGGAUAUCUCGUGGAACGCAGCUCUUUGGGCUCCUCUUAUUGACGAUAGAUCCUUCCUCUCAUGGCUUGUCAAACCACCUAGUGAAACCGAACAGCUCCGUUCUCGCCAAAUCUCGUUUUCUCAGAUCAAUCGCCUUGAAGAUCUCUGGCGCGAGAAUGCGAACGCUACGCUGGAGGAUCUCGACAAACCAGGAGUCGACGAUGAACCACAACACAUCGAGAUACGAUACGAAGAUGCAUAUCAAUACCAGAACAUCUUUGGACCACUCGUCAAGAUUGAGGCGGACUACGACAAGCGUCUUAAAGAAAGUCAAACCCAAACGGACGUUAUUGUCCGCUGGGAUUUGGGUUUGAAUCAGAAGCGAGUUGCUUGGUUUGUUUUGCCGAAGUUAGAGAGUGGAGAAGUUAGGCUUGCUGUUGGGGAUGAGUUAAGAUUGAGAUAUGUGGGCGAAUUGCAUAAACCUUGGGAAGGUGUAGGCCAUGUUGUCAAGAUCCCAAAUAACAUUUCGGAUGAAAUUGGUUUGGAACUACGCCGGGCGGACGGCGUGCCCUCUGAAUGCACCCAUAAUUUCGCGGUCGACUUCGUGUGGAAAUCGACUAGUUUUGAUCGCAUGCAGUUGGCAAUGAAGACCUUUGCUGUGGAUGAGAAGAGCGUCAGCGGCUACAUUUAUCAUAAGCUGUUAGGCCAUGAGGUUGAACCUCAAACUUUGAGGACGCAGAUGCCCAAGCGCUUUUCUGCUCCUGGCCUUCCUGAACUGAACCAUUCUCAAAUGUAUGCUGUAAAGAGCGUUCUGCAGAAACCCCUCAGCCUUAUCCAAGGUCCUCCUGGAACCGGAAAGACAGUCACAUCUGCGUCAAUCGUCUAUCACCUCGCCAAGAUGAACCCAGGCCAAGUCCUCGUUUGCGCCCCGUCCAAUGUCGCAGUCGAUCAACUCACGGAGAAAAUCCACGCCACUGGUUUGAAAGUCGUUCGCUUGACUGCAAAGUCUCGAGAGGCUCUUGAUUCUAGUGUCGCGUUCUUGACCUUGCAUCAACAAGUGGCCAACAACACAACACAUGUUGAAUUGCAGAAGUUGAUCCAAUUGAAGAACGAGCAAGGGGAAUUGAGUAGUAGCGAUGAAAGGAAGUAUAAGACGUUAAUCAGGAUUUGCGAGAAGGAAAUUUUGAGCAAGGCAGACGUAAUAUGUUGCACUUGCGUCGGUUCUGGCGAUCCCCGACUGAGCAAAUUGAAGUUCCGGACCGUCCUCAUCGACGAGGCUACUCAAGCAGCCGAACCAGAAUGUAUGAUUCCCCUGGUUCUCGGAUGUAAGCAAGUGGUAUUAGUUGGUGACCAUCAGCAACUUGGGCCAGUCAUUAUGAACAAGAAAGCCGCUCGCGCCGGACUAACGCAAUCGCUCUUCGAACGCCUUGUUCUCCUCAACAACCGCCCCAUUCGCCUACAAGUCCAAUAUCGCAUGCACCCAUGCCUAUCCGAAUUCCCCUCCAAUAUGUUCUAUGAGGGCACUCUCCAGAAUGGUGUGACUGCUCCUGAGCGCCUCAGGAAAAACGUGGAUUUCCCCUGGCCCAUCCCUGACACCCCCAUGUUCUUCUACCAAAACCUUGGUCAGGAAGAAAUAUCAAGCAGUGGUACAUCGUUCCUGAACAGGACUGAGGCCUCUAACGUGGAGAAGAUCGUCACGAAGUUUUUCAAAUCGGGUGUCGUACCAAAUCAAAUCGGUGUCGUCACGCCGUAUGAGGGGCAGCGUUCUUACAUCGUCAAUUACAUGCAAUUCAACGGCGCGCUCAAGAAGGAUCUGUACAAGGAGAUCGAAGUUGCAAGUGUGGAUGCUUUCCAAGGGCGUGAAAAGGACUACAUUAUCCUAAGUUGUGUCAGGAGCAAUGAACAUCAAGGAAUCGGUUUCUUGAACGAUCCCCGACGAUUGAACGUAGCCCUUACUCGUGCAAAAUAUGGCGUCGUUAUUCUCGGCAAUCCCAAGGUUUUAAGCAAGCACCCCCUUUGGCAUUACCUUCUGACCCACUACAAGGAGAAGAACUGUUUGGUCGAGGGGCCGUUGAACAACUUGCAGCCUAGCAUGAUCCAGUUCAGUAAACCUCGUGGAUCUCUUGCCAAGUCCAUGGAUCAAUUCCGCCGCCAUGAAACAAACGCUCGGGACUAUCUAACGACCCCCAGUUUAGGCAUGAUGGACGGUGGUCGGUCCGGUACCCCCAGUCGGUUCGACGCGAGUUUCUAUCGUACACACGACGCUCUCAGCUACAUCCCCUCUGAUGUUCAAUCACUGCGCUCCCAAGCUACUUACUCCUCCGGCGUUCCGAUGUUUGCUGCUACGGGCUACUUAAAUGCCAAUAUUCCUCGCGGUGUCAACGGCGCAAAACGCAGCGCGUACGGGAGCUACGCUAGCUCUAUCAUCUCUCAAGAUGCUGGGCCAAACACAGACACUGGCAGCGUCGUUGGUAGUGCCGUGAGUGUUUCGGACCGUUCGGGCCCCAGCGUGACCUACAAUCAAAGCGACCGCCUCCGUCGACGAACCUCAUUCUCUUCAGUCGCUGGCGCUUCCGACAUGGGAAGCCUGUCGCAAUACGAUUACAAGAGUCAAGAUGGAACGGCCGACAUGGACGACAUGAAGUCGCAGUACAACGGCACACAGUCGGGCGUGACCGUCUUCUAG